AUGUCUGCAGAUUUAGAAUUCACGUAUUUUGAUUCCUUAUGUGAGGAAGACCAGGCUCUUCAGCAGAACUAUGAGCAGUUGCAAGAUGUUUUACAAAUAUUAAAAAAUUUGGCGGAACCUGGCAAAUCAGAGGAUGAUCAGUUACAAUCUUUGCAGUAUCUGGCAGAAUCUCAUGAAAAGUUAGUAUCUAGCUCCAUUGAUUUGAGAUAUACUAAAUACAAGACCAGAGAGUCUCAAGUUACCAAUGGUAAAAGGUUUAGACGUAAUGAGAAUCAUAGCAAAUUGCAAAAUGUGCAAGGUUUGAAAGAGUACGUGACCUUGAUGGAACAUGUAAAUAAGGAAUCGCUAGACUACGUCAACCUUUUACAGAGGCUCUCAGUGGACUUAGCCAAGCAGAUUGAAAUAUCAGAUCCUGAAGUAAGUGAAUUCGUGGUAGAUAAUUGGAGCCCACCAGAUGGCAUGCAAUCCAUUCUUGAGCAGUUGGCUAACCCUGAUAAAGAUUCUACACAUUUACAGUCACAAUUAGAUCAGUAUUUGGACCAAAUUAAGAUGGAACGUGCUAAAUAUACCAUUGAAAAUAAGUAUUCAUUGCAAGAAACACUGAAUGAAGUCAACAAAGAAGUAAAUUACUGGAGGAGAAAUUGGAAUGCUAUAGAAAAUUUGAUGUUUGGAGAUAGCGCCCAUUCCAUCAAGAAGAUGCUUCAAAGUAUUGAUCUCUUGAGGGCAAAAUUGGAAGAACCAGAUCAGUCGUGUGAAAAGGAUUUAAACGUAAAUAUAAGCACAACCCCAAAUCAGGGGAGAUAA